AUGUUCCCUACAGCCACAUCUCUCCAGCUUUUCAAGAACGAGGUCUUCCUCGUCACCGGUGGAGGAAGCGGAAUCGGAGCCGCGAUCAGCAAGCGCCUUGGGAGGGAAGGUGCCAAAGUGCUCGUAGCCGAUCUCAAUGAGAAGAGCGGCAGGGCCAUCGCCGACGAGAUCGCCGCGCGAGGUGGAGAGGCCAUCUCGACCAGAGUGGAUGUUGCCGACGAAGCGAGCGUCCAGGCGAUGGUCGAGCUUGCUACCAAGACGUACGGACGGCUAGAUGGUGCCGUCAACAACGCUGCGAUCACGCAUCCACUCGCCUUGAUCACCGAGCUCGACUAUGCGACUUGGGAUAGAACUAUGAAGGUCACCCUGGGAGGGACCUUUCUCGGUAUGAAACACCAGAUCCAAGCCAUCGAAAAGGGCGAGCGCCCUGGCGCGAUCUUGAACAUCUCCUCUGGCGCAUCGUUGAGAGCUCUUCCAUACCUGUCCGCAUACAGCGCCGCCAAAGUCGGCGUCAACGCCAUCACCAAGACCGCGGCGAUGGAGUACGCCAGCAAGAACAUUCGGGUCAACGCGAUCUGUCCGGGUGCCACGGCGACGGCCAUGCUGCAAGGCAGUCUCGAUGAGGGUUUCGACCUGAAAACGUUCGGCAUUCCCUUGAACCGGUUGGGUCAGCCAGAGGAUAUCGCAAACGCCGCGGCGUUCUUGCUGUCAAAGGAAGCGAGCUUCAUAACAGGUCAAUGUCUCUCUGUCGAUGGUGGUACCGUAAUAUAG